CGUUUCAGCAUCUUCACUAUUUUUUAACAAUUCAAUGAACAAAGGGACCCACAACAAAACGACCCUCACCCUCCCCAGCCUUUUUGGUUUAUAAUACAAGCAAAUUGUUCCCUACUCACGUUUUGUGAUGCAUGUGAAGUUCACUGACAAAAGCCCAAAUCAGUGUCGGCGCUUUUCCGCUUUCCCCUCACCCACGCUCUGAACAAAACUUUCACUCUCCGUCGUGACUCGUCCCCUAAUCUAUAAUGCAUUUCCCAAUACAAAAAACCAGCCGAAAGGGAUGAACCACGGCACUGAGACCGAGUGACCGCCCCCAAAGCCAUGAAACUUUCGCUUUUUCUUUUCGUUUUCCUUCCUUUUUUUCCAGGAUUCUGCCCUUUGGUUCAAUCCAGCUACCAUGACUACUCUGACGCAUUGUCGAAAUCGAUUCUGUUUUUUGAGGGGCAGCGUUCGGGUUUUCUGCCACAAAACCGACGUAUUGGAUGGAGGGGAAAUUCAGGAUUGAGUGAUGGGUGGAUGUAUAACACGGACUUAACCGGCGGAUACUACGACGCGGGUGACAAUGUUAAGUUCGGGUUCCCUAUGGCUUUCACGACAACAAUGUUGGCCUGGAGUGUGAUUGAGUUUGGAGAUUUAAUGCCGCCGAACGAGCUGAGAAAUGCACUGGUGGCGAUUCGUUGGGCUACUGAUUAUUUGCUGAAAACUGUCUCUCAGCCUAACCGGAUUUUCGUUCAGGUUGGGGAUCCAAAUGUAGACCAUAGCUGUUGGGAAAGACCUGAGGAUAUGGACACGGCCAGGACUGUUUACGCCGUGGAUGCACCAAACCCUGCUUCUGAUGUGGCCGGUGAGACGGCAGCCGCCCUGGCAGCUUCAUCCAUGGCAUUCAGAUCAGUAGACCCAGGAUAUGCCGAGACAUUGUUAAGGAAUGCUGUUCAGGUUUUCCAAUUUGCUGAUAAUUUUAGAGGUGCUUAUAGUGACAAUUCCAAUAUUAAAGACGGCGCCUGCCCAUUUUACUGUGAUUUUAGCGGAUAUCAAGACGAAUUGCUUUGGGGAGCAGCCUGGUUAAGGAGGGCAUCUGAAGACAACUCUUAUCUUAGUUACAUAGAAAACAAUGGCAAAACGCUUGGUGCUGAAGACAAUAUUAAUGAAUUCGGAUGGGACAACAAGCAUGCUGGUUUAAACGUUCUUGUCUCCAAGGAAGUGUUGGAAGGAAAUAUGUACUCUCUUCAAUCAUACAAAUACUCAGCUGAUAGCUUCAUGUGCACAUUAAUCCCCGAUUCAUCUUCAUCCCACAUUGAGUAUACCCCUGGUGGCCUCAUCUACAAGCCUGGAGGCAGCAAUUUGCAACAUGCAACAACAAUUUCAUUCCUCCUCCUCGUCUAUGCUAAAUACCUUGAUCGCACUUCACAAACAGUUAACUGUGGGAACAUAAUCGUUGCUCCCAUUUCUCUUCGGAUGCAGGCAAAGAAGCAAGUUGAUUACAUUCUAGGUGAUAAUCCAAUGGGAUUAUCAUAUAUGGUUGGUUAUAGCAACUAUUUCCCCCAACGGAUUCAUCAUCGUGGCUCAUCUUUACCGUCGGUAAUUGAUCAUCCUGAAUUUAUUGCUUGCAAGGAGGGUUCCAUUUAUUUUAAUUCAACGAAUCCUAAUCCAAAUGUUUUAGUUGGUGCUAUAGUGGGAGGGCCUGGAGAAGAUGAUGUUUAUGGCGACGAUAGAGCUGAUUUUAGGAAAUCAGAGCCAACGACCUACAUCAAUGCACCAUUUGUUGGUGCAUUAGCCUAUUUUGCAGCUUAUCCCAAUCCUAGUUAGCACCAAAACCAACUAGAUUUUGUACAUAUUCAGUGAUUUUUUUUUCUUUGGGUGGGGAUUUUGAUUUUAGGAAAAGGUGUCUCUAAUCUUGAGUGAAGCAAAAGA